CUCAGGUGUUCUUGAUUGGAGACCGCAGGUGUAGAAAACCCCCGGAGCACAGCAGCGCGUGCUCGUCGACGUCCCGGUUUGCAGAGAAACAGGAAAAAACUUUCUUGUUUUUUACGGAAAAUGACCUCAAACAGUCUGAAGCUGAUCUCGGUGCUUCUCCUCGGCUUCGUGUGUCUCAGAGCGGAAGGAACCUGCAGCGUGGAUCAGUGCACCGACCCAACCAGAUGCGUCCUGUCUGAAGACCAGAAGAGCUGCAAGUGCGCCGCCGGGUUUUAUUCUUCCCGCUGUGACCGAAGUGCUCAGAUUAAAGUCAUGUGUGGCAGAGACUACAUGAGCAUCAGGGCGACAGAGGACUUCUUCCUGUACCACAAGGUGGCGCUGGAGGCGCUGCGUCUGCCCAACGCCUCGUGCCACGCCCGGAGAGAAGUCAUCGGCCAAACGGCCUACUUCAUGUUCCGCGUCUCCAAGGAGAAAUACUUGGCCUGCGGAGGAAAACCUCUGAGGAAAAACACGACCCACCUUCUGUACUCCCUGGCUGUCCAGACAGAACCGCAGGUUACCGGGAACAUCAUCCGAGACCCGCUGGUUAAGAUGGACUUCACGUGCAUCUACCCGUACGUCAGGAGGGUCAGCCUGCCCUUCCCCGUCCGCCCCAUCUCCAGCGAGACGGUGUUGCAGAUAGGCGAGAUGGACGCCACCAUACAGAUGCUGCUCUACGCUGACCACACCUUCGCCAAGGCCUACGCCGCUACGCCAACCAUCGAGCUCAGAGACAAGGUGUACGUGGAGGUGGCCGUGACGGAGCCGGCAGACUACUUCCUCCUCCGGGUCAACGACUGCUGGGCCACGCAGUCUCCUCAGCCCAACUCCACAGGACUGCUGCACAGCCUCAUCCGUAACGGCUGCGUGGACGACCACACCGUCUCCUUCCUCGGCCCGGACGAGGGGCGGCCAGGAAGCAACGGGGGGAGCGCGGCGGUCCGCUACAGCUUCGACAUGUUCCGCUUCACCUCGGAUCCGCCGGAGCUCUACCUGCACUGCAGCGUGCAGCUCUGCGAGCUGGACGACCAGCAGUCCUGCACGCCGAGCUGCAGUGCAAUCAGCAAGAGGGAAGCAGUGAGGGAAUAUCCCAGCCAGGGCCUGCUGUCCUACGGACCAAUCAGGAUAGAGAUGCCGGACCGGGUCCAGUCCAACAUCCUCACCACCGUGGUGCUUCCUGUGGCCGCCGUCUGGACUCUGUGCUUCUUCCUCACCGUCCUCAUCAGUGUGGCCAAGGCCGGCAGCAGGAAGAUCACGAAACCCGAAGCUCUCUGACGGCCGGCGGCCUGAACAGAACUUUAUCUGGAGCUCUGCAGACGUUCCAGCUGCCUUUAAAUACUCAGAAUACUCUGAAAGUCUAUAUUUUCUCAGGUUUUUCACAAAGAUUCACGCCCAGCCACCAGAAGCUGUUGCCGAUAAUAAAAAUGGCCAAAGAUAACA